AUGCCUAGUCCAUGUGGGAACAGUCCAAAAGUCGAGGCGAUCGGCCCUCGGUUUCUGGUGAAAUCAUUUCAUCAAUCUCUCCAAGACAACUUUUUCCUCGAACUGAAAAGUUGCGUGACAUCACUGAUUUGUGUGUCGACAUGCAUCCGGGCUCGACUGGUGCCUGAUUGGGUUGAUGGCGAGAACAAUCGGUUUGAGGGGUAUUUCCUGCAUACGCUUGACCGGAAUCCGGAACUGUCAUUGUUGGAUUGUACGCCGACGACUUUUUCACACCCUCCAACAGUCCACGAGACACCAAUUGACGAAUCCCUUCAGGCCAACAAUGGCUACGAGACAAAAUGUCGACUUUUCUUGGCUACCGGACGACCGAGGCCUGUGAUUGUCGCUGCUGUUGGCGUUGAAGUCGGGCGUGGACGACUGUCCGAGACGCGGGUUCCAAGUGACUUCGGUCGGGUGGAACCACGUCUCGAGAGGAGGCGAGGAGAGGCCAAGCGCAGUCCAUCCCUCCACCUCGUCCCCGCUAGCAACACAACUUGCAUUGCAGACCGUCGGUCUGAUUGGCGCCCACGGACCUGCAGACCGCGUCGACGACAAGUGACCGCAACCGUCUGGCACACCGUCCAGUGCCGUCGACUCGGCCGAAGCCUUGGCAAUGGUAGGUCUUGGAAGGACUGCGUCGCAGUGGCGAGAACAACUGUCCGAACUGCGCCGUCCGGCGAACUGAGAUGGCUGCCUUACCAACAGCUUGUCAGUUGGUUUUUGGUAAAUCAACUUGCACUAAAGCUAGAUCGACGGACAGGUUUUACACCAUUUUUCCCUUCUAAGUAG